GGGGGGGGGGGGGGUAACCAUGACACCCGUGUAAGUGUCGAGCCCGAGCAGCGCGUGGUCUCGCGUCGCAGGGCGCGUUGGGCAAACUGUGAAGCUCUUGUUUUGUUUUGUCGGUAAUUGACGUUAGCACGCAAGCUAGGUGGCGUUAGCCUGCGUGCGAUCGCCGGCCGGCUUCUCCGGCUGCAGAGGGGCGGCCGCCGGGCGAGCUGUGCCCGAGCUCGUCGCCGCCAGACCGGCUCCGGGGAACUCGCCGGCUCCGUCUUUUUUUUUUCCCACGUUUGCCGCUUGUGAGAGGUGAUGAAUUCAAAUGAGUUGAUCAUAUCCGUCGUGUGGUGAAGCGGUUCCCUAAUCAACCAUCAAGAAGAAAGCGGAAAAGAAACAGGACUGGCGCGAGAGAGCUUGCUGAACUGCAGCGAUGCAGAAACCCUCAGAAGCGGAGGGAAGAAAAACCCGUCAGAAAGAUUACGAGGAGCUGCAGGCGGCACGUAUCACCAGGAAGCAGACUGUUACGGCUGAGUUCCAGGUGGAGGUGGAGAACUCCAGUCACUCAGAGCUUCAUCCCAAGAGGACAGCCGAAGGUAAUGAAGCUGGUAUCCUCACGGUGAGGCAGGAAGCAGACGAGCUUCGACGCGAGCUUGAGAGGGAAAUCAAGCCUCGUGUUGACGGUAUCACAAGAUACACCGCUGAGCAGGAAAUGCUUUUUUCAGCGAGAGGUGGACGAGCUGACAACUCGGCUCAACCUCGAGUGCUUCAUGAAGCUCAAGACAGAGCGCAAGAGAGAGAGAGAGGACUAUGAGCUUCUGUGAGAAGUAUGCGGGGCAGCAGGAGAAUGAGCCUGAGCAUAAGCCUGCAGAUGAGAAGGAAACAUCCAAGCAGCAGGAGUCCCUUCCCUAAUGCCCUCUCUGAUCCCGAGCCCAGGGAGACUGAGGUGCCCCAGGUCCCCCACAAAGACAAAGAAGGCUUCAAUCUGGAUGAGAGGACUGAGAGACUGAGGGAAACCACAGAGACGGAAGAAGCCAGAGGAGCCAGCACCCUACAGCUGAAACUGAUCAGACUUCCCCUCCCUCACCCACUACUUGGAUGUUGCUGCCAUGUGCCACACUCGCGCUCGAAGCAGACGAAAAACUCAGCUCAAAGACGCGUCGGCACCUUUCUACCCUCUGAUCGAGGACACGCUCAGUGACUCUCCUCCGAGACGGGCAGGGCUCCGCCGCCGCAGUGUGUCCACUCAGACCCUUGCUUUCAUCCAGCAGCAGCAUCCUCAUCCUCAUCCUCUCACAGGACUGGCUGUACUGUCAGUAAGGUUCAUUCACAAAUGUCUACCUCACGAUUAAAAGAGCCCUCUCCUACACUGCGACCCUGAAAAGGAUACAAAAUGACCUCAAGCAUCGACAGGGACGACAGCAGUAUCUUUGAUGGGUUAAUGGAAGAAGAUGAAAAGGACAAGGCAAAACGCGUGUCACGUAACAAGUCUGAGAAGAAACGCAGAGACCAGUUCAAUGUCCUCAUCAAGGAGCUGGGUACAAUGUUACCGGGCAACACCCGGAAAAUGGACAAGUCCACUAUUUUGCAGCAGAGCAUCGACUAUCUGCACAAACACAAGGAAAUCACUGCUCAGUCGGAGUCAACUGAGAUCAGACAAGACUGGAAGCCUCCUUUUCUUAGUAAUGAAGAGUUCACUCAGCUGAUGUUGGAGGCGUUGGAUGGAUUCUUCCUUGCAAUUAUGACGGAUGGGAAUAUAAUCUAUGUCUCUGAGAGCGUGACGUCUCUACUAGAACAUUUUCCUUCUGAUCUUGUUGAUCAGAACCUGUUGAACUUCCUGCCAAUGGGGGAGCAUUCAGACGUGUACAAGGCUCUGUCCUCUCAUAUCAUGGAGGGAGAGACGCUGACACCUGAGUAUCUGAAAACAAAAAAUCAGCUAGAGUUCUGUUGCCACAUGCUCCGAGGGACCAUCCACCCUAAGGAGCCCCCCGUGUACGAGUAUGUCAAGUUCAUUGGCAACUUCAAGUCCCUGAAUAAUGUGCCUAACUGUACCCAAAACGGUUUUGAAGGAGUGAUCCAGCGAUCACUUGUUCACUCUGCCUUCGAAGACAGAGUGUGUCUCAUAGCAACUGUGAGGCUCGCCAAACCACAGUUCAUCAAGGAGAUGUGCACUGUUGAAGAGCCUAAUGAGGAAUUCACCUCCAGACAUAGUUUAGAGUGGAAAUUUCUCUUCUUGGACCACAGAGCUCCACCCAUCAUAGGUUACCUCCCGUUUGAGGUCCUGGGUACAUCAGGAUAUGACUACUACCAUGUAGAUGACCUGGAGACACUAGCCAAAUGCCAUGAACACUUAAUGCAAUACGGUAAAGGAAAGUCCUGCUACUACAGAUUCCUCACAAAAGGGCAGCAGUGGAUUUGGCUUCAAACCCACUACUACAUCACCUACCACCAGUGGAACUCCAGACCAGAGUUUAUUGUCUGCACACACACUGUUGUCAGUUACGCUGAAGUAAGAGCAGAACAGCGCAGAGAACUUGGAAUUGAAGAAUCACCACCUGAGAUGGCAGUAGAUAAGCAGUCCCAGAAUUCGGGCUCCGAGUCCCAGCUCAACACUUCCAGUCUGAAGGAGGUCUUGGAGCGAUUUGACCACAGCCGGACGCCCUCGGUUUUGUCUCGCAGCUCCCACAAGUCAUCACACACUGCUGCGUCUGACCCAGCCUCAUCACAGAUGAAGCUUCAGGGAGAUAGGAGCACACCGGGUCGCCAGUCUGUCUCUGCUGUGGAGAUGACGUCACAACGAAGAUCAUCUAUCAGCAGUCAGCACUCGAUGAGCUCCCAAAAUACCGGACAAAACAUCACUCCAUCCACGGUCUCUCAACAACUACCACAACAGCAACAGCCUCAACAGCAACAAGUUCAAAACAAUGGACAAUCAAUGGUGCAGUUCUCAGGCCAGUUGGAAGCCAUGCAUCACCUGAAAGAGAAGCUGGAGCAGAGGACCAGGAUGAUCGAGGCCAACAUCCAGCUGCAGCAGGACGAGCUGCGACAGAUUCAGGAUGAGCUGAAUAAGGUGCAGGGACAGAACCUGCAGAUGAUCUUGCAGAAAGGAGCUGGAGGACUUACUGUUGGCUCUGUCCAGAUGGCCCAGGGGAACGUUGUGCAGCAGGGGGCGACGCUCAGCAUGCAGGGUCAGGUUGUCUCUGCGGGGCCUUUACAGAACAGUAUAAAGCAGCAACAUGCUGUCCAGCCCCAAUCCCAGCAACAGACACUCUCUCAGUGUCAACGGUCGUCCCUCACUCUGCAGCCUCAGCAAAACACACUUCCCAUGUCUCUCUACAACACGAUGAUGAUCCCUCAGCAAAGCCCCGCUAACGUGAUGCAGAUUGCCACUAGCCUGGCACAGAACACUGGACACAACACUCAAGCGGUGGCAACAUUUGCACAGGACCGUGCUGCUCAGAUGAGGUUUCCCACUACCCCUCAGCUGCUCACCAAGCUUGUGACAGGACAAAUGGCAUGUGGGGCAGUCAUGGUUCCCACAACCAUGUUCAUGGGCCAAGUGGUGACGGCCUUCGCUCCUCAGCAGGGCCAGACCCAGACUAUCAGCAUCUCCCAGCAGCCGUCAACACAGCAGCAGCAGGAACAGCCGCAGUCACAGGUCACAGCCAUGCAGCCGGGGCAGCAGCAGACACAGUUCCUACAGGCUCCUCGGCUUCUUCAUGGAAACCAGUCCACCCAGUUGAUCCUGCAGGCUGCGUUCCCUAUGCAGCAACAGGGUGCCUUCGCCGCCGCAACCCAACAGCAGCAGCAACAGUUACAACAGCAGCAACAGUUGCAACAGCAACAGCAACAGUUGCAACAACAACAACAACAGCAUCAACAGUUGCAGUUGCAACAGCAGCAGCAGCAGCAGCAGUUACAACAGCAGAAACAGCAACUUCAGCAACUGGCUCCUCACAGAGCAGAUAGUUUGUCUGACCGCUCAGCUGCGCAGCCACAGUAGCCGGCUGCAGCCAAUCAGAAGUGGAGCGGGCCAAACCCCCCCCCUCCAGGCGUGGGCGUUUUUUGUGAUUUCGGUCUCAGGAGGAGUUCUGCUGGAAGCGCGGCACUGAGACUGAGACCAGGCCUCAGAGGCUGGGACGUGACUGAAUGGGCAGGCUGUGGCCUCCCUCCCCUCACUGGGAGUUCUUUUAUUUUGCUGUUUGCACUGAACUCUUGAGCACAAAGUGCUGCAGAGAACCCGGGACUGUGCUCGCUGUGGCUCUGGCAGUUUACUUUGGCACUGGAUCGAAGCCUUUUCUCCAAGAAAACAGGGAGCCAUGUUUCCCCUGUAAUGGACCCCCCCCCCCAUCCCUCUUUACUUGUGCGUGUGUGUGCGUGCGUGUUUGUUUAUGUGUGCGUGCGCUCUAGUCACCCUCACAGGAUUAUUUUAUGCGGAGCUCGCCAGUUAAUGCAGUGAAGCUUCAAGGACGUCCGUCAUAAGCCGGAGGCUGGUGUGUCGGAUGUUCUCUCUCGUUCUCGUCUCUCAUGUAAAAGUAAUGAUGGGUCAGAAAAUAUUUUUAAGUGUAUUAAGUUUUACUGUACAGAACAUCAUGUGUAAUAUAUAAUGUAAAUAUACUGAAAAAGAAAGAACUAAUAUUUUAUAUGAUGCAUGAAAUGAAAUGUGUAGUCUGAUAUUUGCAGCUUUGAAUAAGCGUAUUUUUUUUCUAGUACUCUCAGAAAAGAAGAUGUUAAAUUGCUCAGUGGCCGAUCUCUUCACAGACACCUUCCCUCCGCGUGGACGUUUGUUUGUGUCUGCAUAGCAGACACGGUCCAUGCUGCUCGUUGUGUCACCGUUUGAUCCUUGACCCAUAUUUUCACAGAGUUUCAUAAAACUUGUCAAAAUGAUUUUGAAGUUUUUAAUCUAUUUUUAAGCUUUUUAACAUGUGCUCAAAUCUGCACACCACAGAGUCUAAGUUCAGCUUGAGACACAUUGUGAAACUGAAUAAAUGCCACUAAGAUUAAGCUAAAUGUGCAACAGUAAAAUAUGCCAGCAUAUUUCCUUCAUAUCCUCAUUUCUUGAUUUUCUAGCACUUCUGUUCAGAUGGCUCCAUUAUCCUCUCUAAUGCCUGUGUGGUAUCUGAAGACACUUUAUUUCUCAUUUAAACAUUGAUCCCUUAAAAUAAACUUCAAUUUUACAAGACGUGUAAUCUGUCCUCGUAUGCUCUGACUGAGUGUGAGUGAAAUGAUUUGUGCCAUUAAUAAAAAAUGUUUUCCUAUCAGCA